AUGGAAGACCCUUUCAGCUUUUGCCUCCUCAUGUUCUUUUUCCUCCUCAGGGGCUCCUCUGUUGCUUCCUUUGAUGGUCCACUGUAUGAUUCUACUGCUUACACAGAGUGUAAAAUGCAGCCAGAGGCAGCUCUGUACGGUGGAGGAAUCAUCAAUGAUCAAGCUUCAGGGGUUGAAGGCAGCUUGGGCAACUCUGCAACUACAAGCAGUGGUGUUUAUUCACCGUCUUUCAUACUCCACAAUCUCACUCAAGGCACCAUUUACUGUUGGGUGAAGAUAGAGGGUGCAGGCUCAGCUCUCAUAAGGGCAAGCUUAAAGACAGAAAAAGAAACCUAUGACUGCAUAGGAACUGUUUUGGCUAAGCAUGGAUGCUGGUCAUUUCUCAAGGGUGGGUUUGUGCUGAACUCACCAUCUCAAUUAUCUAUGCUAUUCUUUCAGAACACAGAUGACAGAGAUGUCAACAUAGAAAUUGCAAGCUCUUCUCUGCAGCCAUUCAGUGUUCAGCAAUGGAGGACAUAUCAGCAAUAUAUAAUCAACACUAAAAGGAAGCGUGCCGUGACAGUCCAUGUCUCAAAUGAGCAAGGCAAGAGACUGCAAGGAGUGACAAUUAACAUAGAGCAAGUGUCCAAAGAUUUCCCAUUUGGAUCUGCAAUAGCAAAGACCAUUCUGGGAAAUCCUCCAUAUCAGAAUUGGUUUGUUAAGCGAUUCAAUGCUGCGGUUUUUGAAAACGAACUUAAAUGGUAUGCAACAGAGCCUGAACAAGGCAAGACCAACUACACCAUAGCAGAUCAGAUGCUGCAAUUUGUUCGUGCUAACCAGAUUACUGCUAGAGGGCACAAUAUAUUUUGGGAAGAUCCCAAGUACACACCGGCAUGGGUUCGUAACCUUACAGGCAAUGAGCUACAUUCAGCUGUCAACUCGAGAAUCCAAAGCCUAAUGAGCAAAUACAGAGAAGAGUUCAUCCAUUGGGAUGUCAGCAAUGAAAUGCUUCACUUUGAUUUCUAUGAGCAGAAGCUUGGGCCCAAUGCCACAUUGCAUUUCUUUGAAACAGCACACAAAUUUGACCCUUUGGCAACCCUUUUCAUGAAUGACUUUAAUGUGGUGGAGACUUGCAGUGAUGUAAAUUCAACUGUUGAUGCCUACAUUUCAAGGUUGAGAGAGCUUAGAUAUGGUGGAGCAUUAAUGGAUGGAAUUGGACUAGAGGGUCAUUUUAGAGUACCAAACCCUCCUCUAAUCAGAGCUAUCCUAGACAAGUUGGCCACAUUAGGCCUUCCUAUUUGGCUCACAGAAGUUGAUAUUAGCAGCACUCUAGGCAAAGAAGCACAGGCCAUUUAUCUAGAACAAGUUUUAAGGGAAGGCUUCUCACAUCCAUCUGUGAAUGGGAUAAUGCUUUGGACUGCUCUGCAUCCUAAUGGGUGCUACCAAAUGUGCCUGACAGAUAACAAUCUUCAGAACCUACCAGCUGGAGAUGUGGUGGACAAGCUCUUGAAAGAAUGGCAAACUGGGGAGAUAGAAGGGGAGACAGAUGACCAUGGAUCAUAUAGCUUUUUUGGUUUCUUGGGUGAAUACAAGAGCAGUAGGUCAUAA